AUGGAUGUUCCACCAUCUCCCACCUCUUACUUUCACGUCCACCCGCCAGGAGAAUCGAUGUUCAGAUUCACAGCGUCGUCUUCAAGAAUGUACAUGUUCAACCCAACGAGACGACUCACAAGUCUAAAUCCAUCAAGCUGCCACGUACGCCCCUGGCGAAACAUCCGCUUCCAAUCCACCACCAGCUCCUCCACUGCACCAAAGCCGAGACCAAAGGGAAUCAAGGCAUUGAUGAAGGAAUAUGGGUACCCGGCACUAGCAGUAUACAUAGCGCUCUCAUGUAUAGACUUGCCGCUAUGCUACAUCCUCGUGCACUCAAUGGGCAAAGAGCAAAUUGAAAUCUACGAGAACAAAGUGAAACAAGCGUUCGGGUACGGCGUUCUGGAUGAAGAGUUGGCGAAACGGCACGAGAUCCAAGAGAUCGAAGCUAGGAUUGACGCUGAGAAUGAGCCGCAGUGGAAGAAACUGGAGAAUGGCGACGCAAGCGGUAGCAGCUGGUUGCAAUUUAUCAAGGACCAGUUUUCAUGGACUGAGUUUGCCCUUGCCUACGGCAUCCACAAGAGCUUGAUCUUUAUUCGAUUGCCCAUUACCGCUGCUAUCACGCCGGGGAUCGUGGGCGUCUUGAGACGGUGGGGGUUCAAGAUUGGCACUGACAAGUUGAGCACCACGGCGAAAUUGGCGAAGGAGAUGGCGUUGAAUAAGAGCAAAAUGGGCGAUUUCACUGCUUCUAGUGAGAGGUUUGGCGUUCGCCCUGGAAAGAAGAAAUGGUGGUGGUUCUUUUAA